AUGUUACGUGACCAGGAAAUAAUCAAGAGCAGAAAUGCAUGUGCAGCACUGAAGAUACUCACUGCCUUCGGAGGGAUGGUUACAGGCAUGAUAGUUGACAUUAGAGGUCUUAAGAUGCAUACUAAAGAAAUGGAGUAUGGUAUGGCCAACAACCCAAAUCAUCAUGGCAAGUAUCUGAAGAACGCGAAGGUGACGGAUCACUGGCAUGAUUAUGGAUUAUCUUCGCAGAAAUUAUGGGGAUAUCCGUGUCGUCAGUAUGUGGUGAAAUGCUUCACAGAGUGUACUCCUUCUCGGAUAGCACCAGCACGACCAGUAAAUGAUGCUGAUUCGAUGCUGAUUAGGCUGAACCGCCCAAUGGCUUGUUGGUGGACGGUUAUCGCGUUCUUCUGA